GGGCAUGGUUCGCUUAACCCUUUGAGCCACGAAUUUUUCCUUUUAACCGAUUUCUAUAAAACUUCGUAUCAAAGGGUUUUCUGGGUCGCUGAUUACGAAUCCGUUGUCAGAUUUUCAAAAUUCAAAAUGGCGAAUCCAAUAGCGGACGUAAAGUUCAAAAUCAACCAAUUUCCGUGAAACUAGGUAUCUAGGGGUUUUUAACACGUUCAUUGCCGUUCACGCGAUAUCGCGUGAUCGUCGCUAAUGAGUUUCUAUGCGGGAUAGAAUAGCGGCCACAGCGAAACGGCAUGUGAUGUUUACAUAGGCCACUGGAGAAAGGAUCGAACUCUCGUGGAGGAGGAAGGCCAGUGGCCUCCAGCCAUCGUCUGUUGUUUUUGCUAGCCAGUGCGCACAGUGGCGGCGUUCGAACUAGGCGAUGACUCGACGAUUUUGUUUAGGUUACUCGUUGAUUUAACGCACUUGAAGUUUGGUUUUUAUUUAUUUUGAAUAUUAUUUAUUGUUUUUUAUUAUGAGUGACAAACCAGGACCCUCGAAAAGACUCAGUUCAAUGCCAGAUCGUGCAAAAAAACGACUAAAAAGUACGGAUGUGGAAGAGUUAUUAUUGGACUCGGACGACGACAUUUAUGCAGGGAGUGAUGUCGAUGAUAUAGACUACGAUUUUGGUGAUAGCGAAAUUAACUCGGAAUCUGAAGAAGACGAAACUUCGCAGUUGCAGGUAGAACGAAAUAAUGAGGUUGUAAGUGAACAACAAAUUUUCGUUCCCUUCAGUCAACUGUCAGUUCGUCCCGUUUCCCCUUCUGGUUCUGCGGCGCCAUCUGCAACAACUGUGUCACUACCACAAUGUCCGUCUGACCAGCCAUCGCGCGCAGCUUCAACGACACGUUGGAGUACCGACUUCAGUUCGAUGAGGGAAAUUCCCUUUACUCGGACAAAUGAACUACUAGUGUCAGCGGCGAAUAAUCCGAGGGAUUAUUUAGAUUUAUUUCUCAAUGAAGAUUACUUACAAAAAAUCGUCGAUUGCUCAAACAGAUACGCAGAAAACUUGAAAAAUUCAUCUCAUCAGGUUCAGUCUCGAAUUUCCCAAUGGAAGCCACUCACUGUAGAAGAACUGAAAAUCUUUAUUGGGUUACUAUUACACACUGGUACAGCAAAAAUGAAUCGCCUUGUUGAUUACUGGAAAAUUCACCGUUUAUAUAAAUCAGUUUUCCCUCAAUAUAUGUCGACAAAUAGGUUUCAACUUAUUCUAAGAUGCCUUCAUUUUGUUGAUGAACAAAAUAAUGCCGAUCGCAUGAAUAAAUGCAAAUUAAUAAUAGACAACUUCAACAAUAUUAUGGAGUCUAUUUAUUAUCCGGGUAAAAAUUUGUCUUUAGACGAAUCCAUGAUUUUAUGGCGUGGUCGACUUAUUUUCCGCCAGUAUAUCAAGGGAAAAAGACACAAAUAUGGAAUCAAGUUGUAUGUACUUGCGGAACCAAAUGGUACCAUCUUAAAAGUUCAUGUUUUUGCCAGUACGUUAGAUGAAACUGCUGGGAAAGGCCACGCAGAAAAAAUCGUGGAAAAGUUAUUAGAGGGAAAAUUGUAUGCUGGCCAUGCAAUAUUCAUGGACAAUUUUUAUAAUAGCUACAGUUUAGCUGUCAAAUUAUUGGAGCAAAAUACAUAUUGCACCGGCACAUUGAACAAGAAACGAAAAGAAAAUCCACCUAGCAUAAUUACAGAAAAACUAAAAAAAGGCGAGAAUAUAUCACAGUGUCGUAACGGUGUCCAUGUAGGGAAAUGGAAGGACAAAAGGGAGAUAAAUUACAUCACUACUGAAUUUCCUGACGAAAUGCAAGAAGUGACCACCAGACGCGGCAAUGUUGCUAUGAAACCCGCAGCUAUCAUAAAUUAUAAUAGAAACAUGUCCAGCGUUGAUCUACAGGAUCAAAUGCUUAGUUAUUAUCCAUGUGAAAGAAAGACUUUGCGUUGAAAUAACAUCUGACCCACAAAUCACGCAGAAGAGACGUGGAGACCGAGACCAACACAAGUUGACUAAAAUUGAAAAAGCCAAACCGCGAUGUCUAAGCACUGGCAAAACAGUAAACGCAACGUCCAGAAAGGAUUGUAGAAACUGUUAUAAAAAUAAAAAAAGGGUAAACACCACCACUGAGUGUAAAAACUGUCCAGGUUCUCCCCCGUUGUGUAUUGACUGUUUUUUUGACUUGCAUGAUUGCACUGCUAAAUAAAUUUAUAUUUUGUAUCC